GCGGAGGGGGCGCCGCCCACCGAACCUGCCGCGCGGGGUGGUGCGGAGCCGCGGGAGUGCGUUCCGCCGUCAUGUUGUUUUGUUGUGGCCGUCAGCUGAACGCGGAGCCGCCGUCCUCUCUGACACCGAGCCGGGAAGCCCCCUGACCCCCCCCCCCACCACCAAACCCAAUACCCCCGCCCCUCCUCCCCCCCCCCCCCCACAGGAUCCGCGGAGGGGGGGUGCCCGGAGAGAGCGGUUCCAUCCGGCGCAUCGCAAUCCAGGAAAUGCGGACCGCCGGCCCGUUCGCCACCGGAUAAAUGGCCGCGUCGCUCGGAGAGUAAAGCAGAGCGGCGAGCAGCACACCCACUCAGGCAGUCAUAUCCGCUCCGGCUCUCCACGCUCGUCUCGCAGAGCCUGUGAAGCGUCUCCGAGUGGGGGGGGGGGGGGGGGAGACCAGACUGCUCCGUCAGAACUGUUCAGAGGUGCCCCCAUCUAUCCGAUCAAGGACCAGCUAUGGAGAUCCAGAGGAGAUACUGAACGGGCUGUUAGGAUGGCAACGGCUGGGCAGAAGAAGAGCGGCUGUAUACAAAGACGUGAUCUAUGUUUACCUACGUCAGUGCUGCUUCAGGGCACGUUUUAACAAUGCCUCACUUGGUCCUCUGGAAUAACUUCAGGCCCGCGCCGAUCGAGGCACUUUGGUGUGAUUCACAAUCACCGUCCACGAUCCCUUGUCUAUGACGUUCUUGCUGCCAUGUGGUUAGCCCCAUGAGACUCCAAGAGCCGGUGCGUGCGCGUCUCUGAGGCUUCCUCCUCACUCUAUGGAGGCUGAGCCCAGCCGUUCGGCUGACGGGGAUCGCUCUGGAAGACAAGAGCAGCGGCAUGCGACAGCCGAAUCCGCAUUUGGGUCUUGUCCACAGCCCCAGCAGCCUUCGAAUCCUCGUCCGGUGCACAGAGCUUUGGGUCGACUGCAAAACCGCCAGCCCAAACGUGCUGAUCUUCUUCGGUUACAGCAGCAAGCAGUAGCAUGGCAGCGUGCGGAAACCCCAGGUCCUUCAGGAGGCAGCUUUUUCUCUCCAGGUGCCACAUCCACCUCAUCUCAUCAGUCUUCACCCUCCACCCAGGUUGACCAUGGCCACAAGAUUUCAUCUCAGUCAAGCCAAGACACAAAAGAAGGGGUGAGCUCUCCGAGGAAAGGAGAGAAGAAACCCCAAAAACCAGGGAAAUAUGUGUGCACUUACUGCGGUCGUCCAUGUGCCAAGCCAAGUGUUCUCCAGAAACACAUUCGCUCCCAUACAGGAGAAAGACCUUAUCCUUGCGCGCCUUGUGGCUUUUCAUUCAAGACAAAGAGUAACCUGUACAAACACCGAAAGUCCCACGCUCACCGCAUUAAGGCAGGGCUUGCAUCUCGUCGCGAUGAGCCCACUUUGAGUGGGCCAGAGGGGGGCGGUAUUGGAGAAGAUGUCGAGGAGCAUACUGAGGGGGAAAGCACGGAGUCUGAAGAUGAGACAGGCCACCACAAAAAAUCUAAGGAGAUCUUGGCUCAGCAUAAAAAAGGUGUCAAGGAGCUUCCAGGUGGAUCAGAGGAGAGUCAGAGACCUGAAGAUACUCAGGCUGUCAAGCAAAGACUUGCGCUUAGGCUUAGUGAAAGAAAACGUGGCCCAAUGGCGUCGCCUAAUGAUCCUCCAUCGUCCCUCUCAACAUCAUCUUCUUCCCUCGGCCCUGGCAGUAAAGGCAGCACAGAGUCUGGUUACUUUUCUGGGUCAGGCAGCACUGACCUGGCGCAUGUCAGUCCUCCGAGUGACAGUGCCAAAACCUACGCAGAAAUCAUUCUUGGGAAAUAUGGAAGGUUGGGAGGGCAGCAGCGUAGUCCACAUCCACACCAUUCUCAGUCUCCCCUUUCUUCACUUUCUGGAACAGAGGAUAAGAGUAUUCCCUUUGCUGUACCCAAAACCCAAGUCAUAGAACACAUUACCAAGCUUAUAACCAUCAAUGAAGCCGUGGUAGACACCAGUGAGAUUGACAGCGUCAAACCCAGGCGCUCUUCUCUGUCAAGGAAAAGUAGUCUUGAGUCACCCAAAUCCACUACCGCCAAAGACCCACACAUGUUUGAGGGAGAAGCCCCUGGUCCCAGUGGCUUAAGGCACCUACAGAACCCGGAGACAGAAUCACCGGUCACUCCAGCAUUGUCAACAGUCCCCUUUCUCAGAAGUCGCUCGAUGCCGUCAUCGACCAGCCAAUUAGAAUCCUCUUCAUCUGGAAUCAGGUCUAACAGAGGCUACCGUCUCUGCCAGUCUUUUGACGAGCAGCAGGCCACUACAACAGAGAUUAAUAUUGGUCACGCCCACCGUAUGUUGAGGCGACAGCCUGCCAUAGAGGUUCCCUUGGGAGCUGAACUUAUGCUGGAGGAGACUCCCCCCAACUCCUCCUUUUCAGCCCUUGGCACUGCCACAGCCAGACAUCCAGAGCAACAAGCGCCGCAAAGUAAUCUAAACCCAUUUGAAUGCAAAGUAUGCGGAGCGUGCUUCCAGCACGGCGACAGCUACAGGACCCACAAAGGUGUCUGCAUAGGGCAGCAAACACUGGAACAGGAGAGCGGGGAUGCAAGUAAGACCCCCAGAGAGGAUCGGCCUCAAAUGAUGCACUAUAAGUUCAGAGCACUGGCUAUGGCUGUGAGGAAGCGGAGGAAAGAGGAGAGCAUAGAAGAGGAUCUUCCGAGUCCUGGGUCCGGAACCACGUCGGGGAGUUCUGCAGGCAUCAUUCCAGCGGCGGGACCACAAGAACACAGCCAGGCACUCUCAGGUGGUCCCGUACAGAUGGAGCCGGGACAACUGCAACAUCGAGAUAGGAAGGGUGUGUCCGUCAUCCAGCACACGAGCUCCUUUGAAAAGCAGGAGACGCUCUCCAUGGAAAGCGAGGGAACCGAUGUCAAAAAGCCUCCCCAAGCACAACAACCUCAUCCCAAACCGUCACCUUCCGCAUCUCGCCUCAUCCGCCAGCCCAACAUCCAAGUGCCAGAGAUUCUCGUGACAGUGGAGCCUGACGCUGACAUGCCAUCCGUGUCCCCGCAAGCGACUGCAUCUUCAUCCAAGGAGGCAGACAGAGUGGAGGAAUUUCAGUGGCCUCAACGUAGCCAGACUCUUGCUCAGCUCCCUGCAGAAAAACUGCCCCCAAAGAAGAAAAGACUCCGCUUAGCUGAGGCAGCGCAAUCCUCUGGGGAGUCUAGCUUUGAGUCUGUGUCCCUCCCUCGCAGCCCCAGUCAGGAGAGCAGCAUGUCCCACACUUCAAGUCUUUCUGCUUCAUUUGAGGAUGCAACAAGAUCGGAGCCCGCAGUCUGUGGGACCGCGAGCCAAAGCAGCCAAAUGUUGACCGUACCAUCAACUUCCCAACAACACAACCAAAGCCACAAGGAGAUGAGGCGUUCAGCUUCAGAGCAGGCCCCUCAGAAAGUGGAGCAGGUCUCGGAUAACAGAAGUAAAUCCUUUGACUUGGGAUCCUUGUCCUCUCAGCAGUCGACCUCCUCCUGGAAAGAACGGCGAAAGUGUCUCCUUGUGAAGCACGCAACCUUGGGGGAACCCGACCAAGAGGAGGGGACCAGCGUGGGUCAGUUAUCCAGAGCGGAGAGUCCAAAAGCCGGCCCUUCGCACUCGAGCCAUCCUCUUUUCCAUUCAAGCUCCCACUUCAACCCGGAGGACACAGGGAGCGUCUUGCAGUUGUUACAGCCACAGAGCCUCCCUCCCGCGCACGAAAGCGUCCAACACACGUUACCUCCAGGACCUCUAUCGCAGCUCCUUCCAGUCACCACGGUCUCCCAGUUUACGAACAGAUCCUUUUUACAUUCUCCGACUGUUCGCCUACAGGUGCACCCGAUGCAGAUCCACAUGGCUGAACACAUGGCUAUACCGCUCCACCAGCUUCCUGCUUUAGUUCCUGUCCAGUUUCCCUUCAGCGUGAGUCAAUCGCUGUACUUGCCCACCACACCAUUACAUUCCACACACGUUAUAGCCCCGACUUCCACAGAGGGAAGCGCCGCUUACCCCUUCCCACACCCCCUCAUUGCCACAUGCGUGGCACAGCUUGCACCAUCGGUGUCUCUUGUGGUGCCAGUCCGACUCCAAACCCACAUACCUACCUAUACGCAUGCCAUGUACACCACCCUGUCCCAAAUCCUAACCUCUGCUUGUCCACACGAUCCCAUUUUCUCCACGACCAUGACAAUCAUGGGCAAAGUGGAACGCCGCAAGUUACAAAGGUCUUAUCUGAAGGUCCCGUCACCGGACAUUAAGAUUCACAUUCCUGGGGAUCUUCAGUCACCUUCUGUCGAGGAUUACGGUCCACUUGGAGCCGGAGGGAGUAAACGUAUGCUCUCGCCUGCAGCCAGUCUUGAACUCAGUACUGAGGCCCAACGUCACCAGAAAAGGGUUAAAGAGGAAGCGGAAGGUGAGCCCGACAAGCCUGAAGUCGAGGCGGAGAAUGUAGACAACAAGGUGCCUCAGGAGGGAGAAAGCAAACCUGGCGGGGAACAACUGGAAGAGGUAGAGAAGAAGAAAGAGAUAUUUAAGGUAACACCCGUAAAAGAGGAGGGACAGCUGGAUCCAAGGCAGAGGGAAGAAAAACAGGCGGAAGAGUCGACUGUGGGGAGUAAAAAGGAGGAGGAGCCUCCAGUCAGGGAGAAGGGGGUCGAGAGACCAAACACCCGUCCACACCCGAGCCUCCACACGUCAACCUCUGUCAACUGGUGCUACCUGAACUAUGUCAAACCCAACCCGACUCCACAGAGGGACCCUCGCGACUCCGUUUAUUCCACCUGGAAUGUCAGCGGACACAACCCGAACUUGCCCGGUGUCAGCACGAAGGUGUCCUUGUCCCUGCUGUGCUCCAAACAGAAGUAUAGCUCGGAGACGUACACCGUCGCCACGGCUCCGAACCCAGCCAAAAUCGAAAACCCCCCUGCGAGUAGCAGCACCCCACGAAUGUCAGAGGUACAUCCCACCACAGCCUCUUCCUCCACUGAUGCAACCGAUCACCAGCACGAAAAGGAGGAGAAGAAAGAGCCGAGCGAAGAGGAGGGACCUUCCACCUCAAAACAGUGCGAAACACCUCGCGUUCGCAUCUUUGAAGGCGGCAAUAACGCAUGCCCAUCCCGUCUGUCUGUCAGGUAUAAGUCUAACGAAGAGUAUAUUUACGUUCGAGGGCGUGGCAGAGGCAAGUACAUAUGCGGGGAGUGCGGCAUCCGCUGUAAGAAGCCCAGCAUGCUGAAGAAGCACAUCCGAACACACACCGAUGUCCGUCCGUACAUUUGCAAACACUGCAACUUUGCCUUCAAAACCAAAGGGAACCUUACCAAACACAUGAAGUCAAAAGCUCAUGGGAAAAAGUGCCAGGCGACGGGAGCGUCUGAACCGUCGGCGGACGAGCCGGAGAGCGAGGAAACAGCAGGAAGCGAAGAGCGCGCGUGUUACUGUGAGGAACAGGAAGAGCAGCAGUUUUCCAACGCGGAGGAUUCGGAGGACGACGACGGCGACGACGGCGACGACGGCGACGACGACGACGACGACGACGAUGAAGAAGAGUCUCACGAUGACCCUCCUUCCUCCUGCUCGUCGGCAGGGGGUCCUUCCAAAUGCGGCGGGCGCUCCCGGCAGUGCACUCCGGAGCCCGACGGCCUCGGUCCCGGCCCGGUCCAGGAGGCCUCCCGGAGGGGGACUCGGCACGGCAGACGGGCCGCCUCGGCGGGCAGCAGGAGAGCUCUGUUCUCCCGGCGGAGCUGGAAGGCAUCGCCCAGGGCCUUCUCCCCCAGCAGCGGGAGCUGUUCUCCCAGUCACAGCCUCUCCCCCCGCCUGGAGCUGUCCUCCCCCAUGCGCAGCCUGUCGCCGAGACCGGAGCUACCCUCGCCCGGCCGUCGGGUGUCCGCCUCCCCCGAGAGAAGAGCCGUCUCGCCGGGCGGCUACGGGUCGUCCUUGCCGGUCCGGGUGCAGCAGAGGGCGCUCGGCUGCCUUCCUUGGGAACACCACGGCACAAAGGCAACUCAUACCAAAGCGGAUAAAGGCGGCACCGCAGCCGACGGGUACUCGCCGUCAGACGCCGUGUCCCCUUCUGCUUUUGGCCUUUCCACGUGCGAAGGUCAUCCCGGUCACCGGUCGGCAGACAACAUCUUCAGCCAUCUUCCCAUGCACUCCCAACAGGCCAAGGUCCCCAAUCUGAUGAUCCCCAUCGGAGGGAUUCAAAUGGUACAGGCCAGGCCAAGGUCCAAUCCUUCCACCCCUCUGUCGCCGAUGUCCCCUUCCACCGAGGGGCCGUCGCCGGCCAGGUUUGACUCAUUCUGGGGCGGGACCCCAGGACCUCGAGGUAGUAGGACACCCGGAAGCGACCGGUCGGCAGAGCGCCAGACAGCCGGAGGCAGCCGGUCGGGACGGCGCGGCGUCGGCGCGCAAGUCGCGUGUCCCAAACUGGAGUUGGAGACCUCGGACUCAAAGCAAUAUGGCAGCUCGCAAAGCUCCGCCCACACGUGCAGGCGCGCCACCGAGCCGAGCGAACGCCGCGUGGAGGACGGGCGCCCGGCGGGAUCCUUCGGGCCGGCGGCCCCCGUGUCCUCGCGCCUGAUUGGACGCCAGCCGGAGGGCGACGGCGGAGCCGCGGCGAGAGAAGAAGAACAGAGCGCCUAAUUUGACGCGUCUCCAACUGGCUUCAUCACUCGCGACAUUCGUCUUUCUUUCGUUUUUCACUUGUUUUCUUUUUGAUACACUUUUCAAUACUGUUGUUAACUUAAACGUUUGUUCUUUGGCAAUAUUCAGGUCUGUCAUAAAAAAAUGCACUUUUUUUUUUUUUCCUUUGUGAAAAUAAUGUUUCUGUAAAUGUAUAUAUAAGAAUUAUAUAUGAUCAUACCCUUCCUGUAUCUCUAUUGAUACCGGUAAUCCUACUGUCUGUUUGAAUAUGUGUCAAGGGUAAUACGAACGUGUAAAUGACCAAAAUCUUAAAUCAAAUUACAUUUUUUUUUUCCUCCCCCCCGCCCCACACCCAGUAUUACUCCAGUUAUAGUUACUUGUGCCUUUUCUGUCAAGGUUUGCGUUUCGAGGUGUAUAGUACAGAUAGAAAAAAAUGAGAAGGCUGUGAAAUUUUAUAUUGGACUUUUGUGUCGAUAAGGAAGAUUUAUAUUCGGUGUUCCGUUUUGUUCUUAAUACUGUUGCUUUAAUUCCAGGGUCACAAAAAAAGUCACACGGAGGAAAUAUCGAAGGAGCAGCAGAAGCCCGUCAAAGGAAAUGCACUGAAGUUCUAUUUUUUAUUGUAAGAGACUUUGGGUGAGAAAUCUCUUUACAGGGAAGAGCGCUCCGUAUUUAUUGCUGUUUGAUGACAACGAUCAUUGUUUCAGAGUUGAUGUUGUUUUAUUUUUUACUCUUUGUUAAAACGGGGGUCGGGGGGGACGUUUGUUUUCUUACUUUUUUUUUUUUUUUUUUUUUUUUCAUGAUGUUCAUGCAAUUUGAAUCGGGGAUAAAAAUGAGGGAUGGACUUUGACUGGUACCGGCGGAUCAAGUGCCCUGCAAAUUUUACGCGUGACAAAAUU